AUGGAAAACAUUAAAUGUAAAAACCUGAAUCAUGCAAAUGUAGCAAUUAUUGGGUUUUGUAUGAAGCAAAAUUGUUAGAACGAAACAAAAUAUUGUUUGGAAUGUUUAAAUACUACUCAUUAUGAACAUUUAAUGAUUGUAUUCAAUUCACUAAAAGGAUCUAAUUCUGAAUGAAUUCAAGCAAGUUUACAAUCAACUUGACCAAGAAUUGAAAUAAAUCUCAAAAAAAAUAGAAAACAUUUUGGAAUAGAUUUUAAAAAAAUGGAUCAGGAAAUUGGAAUAUAGGAAAAUAUGA